GAGCAGCACGAUUGCCGUGCUGACCUUCACAAGAGGUGCUGCAGUCUGAGCUACAUCGACACUUCCGAGCGAGAUCGAGCGCAAGCGCCUUGCACACAUUUCUCUCGGUACGUCUUCACAACCACAACACCUUUGAGUGAUUCCUGCAUCAACAUUGCUCGAGCGUGUGGGUGCAGAAGAACGAAACCAGCGUCCGAUUUGCUCGGCCUCGCCAGGCGGAACACAAUCAACGCGACCCUUGUCGUCGCCUCAAGGUGACAAGUAUGGAUCCUCGUGUUGAGGUGCUACCGCUUUUUGCUGGUACCCCUAAACGCUCGGCCUCGACGCGGAAUGUCAAAGGCGUUGGCGCUGUCGGCAGUCCCUUGCAGCGAUCAGAGACGAUGAACGACAGCCCAACGGGAGCGCAGGCUCGCGUCGAUCUCAGCAGCCCUCCCGCUCGACCACCUCGUGCUCACUCUCGGUCGCGACCCGCUUCUCCGACGCCUAGCAGCUCAGCAUCGGCAGCUGCUGUCCCCUCCCCAACUCCAAAGAUGCAGCGAACUCAAAGAAGAUCUUUGAGCGAGCUGCGGCAUCGCAAACAAGAUUCUCAAGAUUAUGUGGACGCGUUGGAAGGCCCGCUCGACCAUUCUUCUUGGAGCGGGCGAACUUCCCUUGAACGGCCCAGCAGCGAGCUUGAAGGGCCUCUAGCAACCGUGCCGCUCGGCAGCAUGGUUCAACACGACCCCGCACAAAAUAACACAAUGCUGCUAUCUCACAGAUUCGGCCAGGUGUUCAACGACACACUCGGUCAAUGUACUCCUGCCACGUCGUCCCAGUCUCCUGAUGUGGCGGUACAAGCGACCACACCAUGCCAGCUUGUCCGGCAGCAGAUCUCGCCAGAGGCUCUGCGGGCUCAUCGAGGUCGAACGCGUCGCAGAGAUGCGAGCAAGAGUCUGCAGAUAUCCACCAAUGCUCUCUCGACGACUGCAUCCGAGUCGUCCCUCGCCAUGCCUUUCUCGCCAGACUCGCCACGGUCAGUCUUGCACGCCUCCCAGUGGUUUUCUAGCGACUCUGAUGCGGGAUCCAACCGAUUCUCCCGAAGUUCCAAUUGGACCGAUAAGAGCAGCAUGAGCAUAACGCCGCCCAGCGAUACCAUUUCCACUAGUCGUACCACGUCUGCAUGCACCGACCUGACAUGCGCACAGAGCGACUUGGUGGCCUCUACAGCGCAGCCUUCGCCAACCUGCGAAGUCAGCCUGGCGAACCACGGUGAAUUCGAAAAGACCACUUUGGAUGCCCUGACUGCUGGGCUCGGUCUUCAAAUCACACCACACCGCUCACCGCCAAAUCUGCUUGGUCAGCCCGAUGGCGUGUUGAUACCUUCGCCAGGGAGAGGAGACGCCUUGAGAGAACUAAGCCCGCAGACACGCCUCCAUCACCAGACAAGCCCGUCACUGCGGCACGCGUGUGCUCUUCCGCCUCCGCAAGGUCCGUUGCCGCCUCUCCCGGUUCCUGCUCGUCUGACACGGCCAAACUUGUUGCGCAUGCAGUCCGACACAGGCCCGACCACCACGAGUAUGAAGCUUUCCCAAGUCACCGGUCUGCAUUCGAUCGGCCUCUCACGACCCGACAGAGUCACAGCGCCGUACGCUAGAGUCUUUUCAGCAGGAGCCCAGCCUCUAGAAGCUGUCCCAGCUUCCCCUACAUUGUCUAACUCGUCUUCUCGAAAGAUUCGCACCUCCAAAGCUCUCAAUGGGCCGGAGCUCAACAGGCACCUGGGCGAGCUAGAGACUCUCAAACGCUCAGAUUCGUACACAUCUCAAACCCGUCACAAGCACACUGCAUCUACUUCGACUUGCGGUGGAUCUUAUGAAGCUUCUGACGACGGCUUUGCGGUCGACCGUCAACCGCGACGCCGCGGCAAAAGCUCAACCAGAGCGCCACUUUCUGCGGGACCUUUUCCGAGGGAGCGAACGAGCUCUCUGCAGCAGCGCGUUCCCUCUCGCCUGCAGACCAGCAGCUCUGCGGCUGAGUUGAGGACUCCCGCUCAACCGAGAGUCGCGACGACUCUGAACAGACAGCGUUCACCCAGACCCAAUACGAGCAGUGGCGUCACCAUUGAGAAGCCCCUUGAGAAAGUGCACGGCUGGCUUCAAGAACCUCUCGAGGAUGUGCCCAGUGCAAAUACUACACGCGCAAAAGACGAGGGUCAUGCGGACUCACUUAGACCUAGCACAAGCAUGGGAAUCGCUUCGCCCCGAAGCUUUCAGCAAUCCACGUCUCCUACAUUUGCCAACGAUGACACCUCCACUAUUCGCUCCAGCCGCGGCUUGAGCUCACCGCAGCCUGCUCACAGGCCGAGUACCAGUAGCAGCUUGCAAACGCGGCUGGUAUCUCCCUCCGAGAUGCUGGCAAGAGAACCGAGUGAUUACGGAAGAAAAUCGCCAGACAGCUCUUCACGCUUGACCCCGUCCAUAUCGUCCACGUUGCGACGAUGGCGCUCGAAUUCUGCAGCGUCUUCUGCUUCCACAAAGCGCGCAGCUGACGCUAAAGCCCAGCAUGCAGAGACAUUCGACCAGUCGCAGGAAGCGCACAACAUCGUCGUGGACAAUGAUCGGAUGAGGACAGCUGGACUCAGCCUCGCGGCUCGUCCUGCCACAUCACCGCACGAGCGCUCGCCUCCUAGCUUCUACCAAGCACCUGUAUCAGUGUUUAAUGCUCCCAUGGUGGAAACACCUCUUCCGCCAGUCGAGCAGCUCAUCGCCCAGGAUGUCUCUUCGGUGGAUUUGAGAGGUUGUCAAAACAUGGCACUGCCUGACUGGCUCAAACUUUCUCUGCCCUACAUAUCUAGCACGUUGAUCGAUCUCGACAUCUCGUCAGCCGGUCUGUGGGAGCUUCCCGCUGCCAUGUCAAUGUGCAGCUCCCUUCAAACUCUCAACAUCUCGAGGAACAAUUUUGGUAGGAUCCCCACGGUCGUCGGGGACUUGCAAGCUCUCACCACUCUGAUCGCCGACGGAGUUGGUGCGAAUCAUUUGCCAGAAUUUCUGGGAGGACUGAAAGAGCUGAAGAGCUUGAGCGUCGCAGACAACGAAUUGUCACAUUUGCCCUCUUGGAUGCAUACCUUGAAGCUGGAGCGUCUCUGUAUCGAUGGCAAUCCAAUGCAGCCAAAUUGGGUGCGCAUCGUAACGCCAUUGUUAUCGCAUGGUGCUUCGCUUCGUACACAACGACCACCCUCGCUGCAUACGAGCUCGACAUCAACGUUCAAGGAGGGGCUCUUCAAGAAUAGAGUGACAGGACUCGUCUCGUCGGAGGAUUUCAGUGGACCGCACUCAGCUCCCAUCUCUCGUGCUGAUCCGAUAUUGCCAAUCGUGGCCGCCCCGCUUGGUCCGCCUUCUCCUGCAUCAGCAAACGCGGCAUCUUUCAAUAGCCAAUCUUGGCGCGGAAGGACGUCGACCAAGGUUGGAAGUUUGAGCGAAAAAGCUCCGCUCCUCACGCCCUCAUCUGCUCCAGCGCGGAGUAUGAGCUCGACGAAUGACUCGCACACGGAGCUCGCUCCGCCCCUCACAUCGGCGCGCAGACCGAGCGUGGGCAACGGUCUUAGCACGCUCCUUCGACGCGUCGGCCGCAAGCAAUCCAAUGCUGGUUUGCAGGGAUCGCCGAUGCUCGAUGAGCCACCGCCAAUGCCAAUACAGAUCCCGCAGCUUCCUCCCUCUAUACAAGGAGUUCUACCCAGCCCAACCCUGCUAUCGCCAGAGAUGGAGCAUAGCCUCUCUAACAUCGCCACCGACGCUCAUGAGAGCGAGACCGCAAUCCUCGAAAAGCGAGAGCAAUGGCGCCAGAUAUCACCUGAUCAUUCGAGGCGCAUUCGUGCUCUGAUGCACUACCUCAAAGAUCUGCACGACCUUUCGGGAGUUUCCAGUCGCAUGCUUGAUGCCGGCGUAUCGAGUCCGCUUGAAGAUCCGCAAGUAGGAGAUUUGCCCCGCCAGACUUUUACUCGGGUACAUUCGCGCGGCGACAACAGUCCAAAGAGCGCCGCAUCUGAUGAAGCGGCUUCUACGCUGCUAGCCAAAGAUGACUCUGUAAGGCGUGCGCGCAUCUUGCAGGAGAUCUUGUCCACCGAAGAGACUUAUGCGCGUCAGUUGCAAGAGCUCGUAGAUCUCUACGUUGCACCCAUGAGAGCUUUCGAUCAAAACGGAGUGCCUCUGGUCCCACCUUUGGAGCACGGGCUAAUUUUCAUGAACGUGGAGAGCAUUUCUCAGCUGCACCGCUCCCUUGUGCCAUCACUUCGCGCUGCUGUCGAACCGUUGCUCGGCACGAACGCUCAACCGAAUGCGUCACAUGACGCUGACCUUACAGCAGCUGCGGCUCAAAGCGUAGCGCAGACUUUCCUCUCGCAUGCUGCAUUCAUGAAGAUGUACAGGCAGUACGUCAACGGUCUAGAUGGCGCCCAGGUCAGGGUUGCGGCCUGGCUACAGUCCAUGCCGACAGUGGCAACAUCAGGGCGGGGAUCGACGCCGAGGCCCUCUACAGCAUCGGAAGCGACGCCGAGCGCACUUGCGCGCAAGCAGGUCAAGCGCGUACGAAGUUUCUUGCAGCAUGCCAAGGCAGACCAGCGCCACAGUCAGAUCAAUCUCGAGUCUUACCUCUUGUUGCCGGUGCAGCGAUUGCCGCGCUAUCGCUUGCUGCUGGAGGAUUUGGUCCGGUACACGCCUGCUCAUCGCGUGCAGUACGGUGAGAACGGCUUCAAUCCCAUGGUCGCUGCUCUCGAAGCUAUCACGGAGCUCGCGCGUGGCGUCAAUGAAGCCAAGCGACAGAACGAGCAAGAUCAACGCUUGUUGGCUUGGCAGGCGCGUGCUGUAGGUCGAUGGCCUAACCCACUGGUGCUCCCUCACCGCCGUCUGCUUCGAGAUGGUCCCGUCACUCUGACGCGCGUGGUGAAGCGCAAAGCGUCAGUCGCCGUACCUGCACAAAUGUUCGCCAAUGUGGACGAGACGGAUUUCUUUUCGGACGGUGCGAUCGGCCGGACAAGGACACCAUCAGGCGCAGACUUGAUCGAGAUUUUUGCGCUCCAACAGCAGCUCUUUGCCAAGGCUCUCCAGCUCAUUCUUUGCAACGAUUUGCUGGUUGCAGUUGCGGAGACUUGCACAAGCAAAGAGUCGCCUGCGCCCAUUGAGCUGUACAGCGAGAUCCAACCGCUCGUGCCAGUCAAAGUGACGGGCCAAACGACCAUCAGAGUGGUGGGAAAGCUUUGCAUACUUUAUUUGGAUUGCGGCAAGGCAGCAGACGCCCGUGCGUGGUGCAGCAUCAUCAACAACGCCUUUUCCCUGAGCGAGUAAAGCUUUCCAUCAGGUGUUUGUCCAACUUUACAAAAUCACACGCUUCCUUUGAUUCAUUCGCCACUCCUGCUAUCCAUCGAUCUGUACAUUGUCGAGCGCACUCCCCAAUGCAACAAACAUGUCAUGUAGAUUAUAUACUGUCCCGCCAUCGCACGCAGCUUGGUCCCACGCUCUUUGUCAACUGAUCUUUCUUUCAUCUUCGAUGCAAAAGAAAUACAUCAGCGCCGCUGU